AUGAAGGGGUUUCGAUGUUCGCUCGGUAUCAAGAAGAGUUGCGACUUCCGAGAAAGAUUCGCCUUAUCAAGUCAUACUCCGUCGCGAGCCGCGAGUCACGAGAAUGUCUCAAAUGCUCAACCCAUUGCCGAAAGUCUUGCUUCAGCUACCAAAAACGACGUUGCCCAUGAAUUUUCCACAGCAUCGGGAAAUGACAUGGCUCCAGCACAUGAGACGGAAUCAGGUGUUCAUCGUAGGGGUAGUAAUCGCCGGCUUCACGACGUUGCAAGCAAGGUUCGAAAAAGGAUGUCACGCGAUUCUGGCAUGUCCAAGCGGAGUUCAAAGACGAGGCUGAAUAGCAGCCUCAGCGAAGAUGGAUAUCAACGGCGGGAAGAGCUGAAGCGUGCUCUUCAUCAAAGGGUGCAAGAGGAUAUCGAUGAAGGCAGCAAGAUCAGUGACGGUAGCUACGAUGAAGAUGCAGUGCCGAUCAAGACUCCUAAAGGCACUUGGGGUCGACAUGAAGGCUCUAUUCAAAUCAGUCCAAAACACCUCAGCCACGCCAUUAGAAGGUCAGAGUCUCCGUCAGCAUAUGCCGAGCUGGACCCGCGAACUCUGUCUCAAGUCUAUGCGCCCAAGAACACCGCUGUGGCCCUUUCUCGAAUGUUGGUCCAGAGAGGCAGCAACCUGGCAAGGGAGUCCGAGGAACAGGCCGUCGACUCAAAAGUCGAGAACGCCCGGAGAGCAAGUAUUACGCAGAAGUACAACUUUCGUGACGACGAUAGUCCCAUACGAGUGCUAAAGACUCGAUCACAUUCACCCCUAGGUCGGUCGAAUACUAUCUUACAUGUGCCAUCUUCAACCAAGGCUUUGCAGAUUGACGUGGCGAAUCCCGAGUUCUUGAACACGCCUGGAGUAUCAUCAGCGCCAGAUCUGCCGCCAAUGUAUCUCAAGACAGUCCGCGACUCAGCGGCCGGAGGAGACUGGCGGCUUUCGUUUGCCGAUAUUCGCCAAGGUGCUUCGUCAAACGAAGCGAACGAGACACACAGAAGCACCUUAGGUUCUGCGAGACUUCCAGGAGUCUACGACACCAGGAUACGACCGGCUAGCGAGCAAUUGCUUCACGGGACCUCAGGGCUAUGGGGGCAUCCAGUCCAUUCCAAGCACAGCAAUACCCACUCCACUACCGACACCCACUCCAGCUCCCCAAAUGGACAUUGUUGCAGCCCUGGUAGCGAGGAGAUGUCGUUCGGGGGUACGGAUGGAAAAGGUUACAGCCCACCAACGUCUGAAGAAGCUGGAUCUCUCGCCAGACAAAGGGGUCGCUCAGAAGGAAAUGACCCUGUCCAUCUCUUCAACAUGCACAUACCUCAACGCCUGGCAUCUAGGCCUCUGCUGCCUUCCGUCUCUUUACCUCAAUUGGAGCAUCCCAGGCGGGAUCGGAGUUAUACGAGUGGCAGUAGCUCACGAAUGUUUUCUGUUAUACCUCGAAGUCAAGUAUCGAGCUCGGCGUCCAGCGGUGGUAAGCAAUUCAAGACUCCAGCAACUCACCCCACGUCUUCCUCGGUCUACAGUUCGGGAAGUUUGCCCCCCAGCCCACCAGACUCAAGGCUGCAUUUCCACAGCCUCUCAGACAGAUUGUAUCCACUCGAGGUGUUCCAGUCCAGCGAAGAAAUCAUAAGUGUUCCUGCAUCGAGGCCCAAGUCAGUCGAUCUAGACAACCUUGAACGACGCACAGUAGAGACAAGCUAUCACUCGAGCAAUGAAAGCCUGAUGAACCGCGAGCUUGCGGCAGCCGAGACACGCAUCUCCCCAAUGCCGAGGGCAAACACACUACCCAAAAACAGUCGGUUUAGAGAGGACUUGGAGCGGAUCUCUGCCGAGUUGGCCCUCACAAACCCUCCACGACGCCGAGUCAGCAACCUUGAUGGUGCUAGAUCUCCUACUAAAGAAGAUGCCACAUCUAUAUGGGAGAGGGCGCUUCGGGAACAUUCGCAGGAAGACAAAGCUAUUUCGCACACCAGGAUUGGAAGUACGUCCCCAGAUUCGGUUGAGCCAAGACAGCUUGACCCCAAGACAGUAGUCUCAAUUGAACAAAAGGCUCGGAAACGUUCAUCCUUUCUGCGUACACAGGACCGCCGAGUACCAGAACCAUUGGAAGGAGCGCAUCUGCAAGCACAUUUGGGCGCAUACGCUCUGCCUCCAAGGAGAGCAAAUACUCGCAAAAGGCCCACGCGCGAAGGUUUUAAGAAAUCUCCCUCUACGAUUCGAGCAUCAUCGUGGGCACGCUACCCAUCCCACACUCGCCCUGAGCGGUCUACAUCUCCGGCUGGAGAAUCAGACCAAGUGUAUUCCCGUGACUUCGCCAUUACCCCGCCAGGCACUGAGCCUAAAGUCUCUUCAGAACACGGAUCCUCUCCCUUGAGCAACGGCAAGAAAUGGAAGACAAACCGUAUGACUUUCGGCAAACAAUUACUUUCGACCAUAAGCAACCUCUACAAAAGCCAGAGCCAGGAGUUGCAGAGACGCCUUGCCGAUGAGGCUCGUGGCAACCGCUCGAGUAUUUCCGAGGGUGGUGGGUUGGAGUAUCCCGAAUUAGAAAUGCUGGGUAGUAUCUCGCCACCAAUGCCGUCGCCCGAUAUUACCACAAAGCUCCAGUUGGAAGAUCACGUCAGAAAGGCAAGUGAGCCGCCGAGCGACACGCAGACGGGCGGUCCUCAGUCAGGCCAAGUAUCGAGAAAACAGUCGCAGGACUGGGCGAGGGAAUACCAGGAUUGUAUCCAGCCUCAAUCGGGACGACCAAUUGAGCUUUACAUCCACCCCGAAAGCCCACCUUUUAAUCCAAGGGACUAUGACACUAAAUGGCCAACGGAGUUUUCUGACGAAGCCUUGGAAGAAGCGUCUGUUCCACCCCGCAGGGCCAGUGGAACCAUUGGUCCCAAUGAUACGCCGGCUGAGGGAUCGGGCUCUCCUGAUGUGAAAGCUGGUACGCUGGACGAGUGGAAAGCGAGGGAAAGGAUCAGGUUGCUAGGCCUUGAGACCGGAAGGGGCGUCCGGGAAUAG